AUGCCUCCGCCGUCCUACCCUCAUCGGCAUCUUCUCCUCACCAACCUUCUCGACGAACAGCCAGACCCUCCUCAAGAUGCUUUCGCUGUAGGAGCAGACGACAACGUGCGCGGCUGCAAGCUGGACGCGCUGCUUCUGGCCGGGUGGUCUAUCAGCGGACGAAAAGCAAAGCCGGAACAGCGUGACGCCCUGCAGCAUGCGGACAACCUACGAUUGAAAAAGGGCGACUUCGAAGUCAUAGGCCGUAUCGGCGAGGGCCAAUUUGGAACCGUGCGUGCGCUGGUAGAGGAAGAGUUAACGAUCCAGGUGGACGCAGUGCGGUGCAAGCUGAAUGGCCAAAUCUAUGCUAUGAAGACUAUGGAGAAGAACAUGGUCGUGCGCGCAGGACCUCUCGCCUCCUCCAACUCCCCUGUCCCUUCCCUCAUCGCCAGCUUUCAAGCGCCGACAUCGAUCACGCUCGUCACUGACUUUGCGCCAUGCGGUUCCCUUUGGGACCGCAUGUGCGAGAUGCCCCCGGAGCCCGGUCUCGACACGGGGAAGAUGCCGGAGAACGAAGUGCGUUGGUGGGCCCGCCAAAUGGUCAGCGCGAUCGCAUGGCUGCACGGCAUGGGUUACGCACACCGUGACAUCAAGCCCCACAACUUUCUGCUCUUGACCGACGGACGGCUGUGGCUCACCGACUUCGGCUCGGCGGCCCCCGCUAGGAACGGCAUCGUCGCCCGCAAGUACUGCGUCUUACCUGCGGGAACACCUGACUACGUUGCGCCCGAAGUGCUCAAGCUCGCCGAGGACGCCAUGGUAGAGGCGGCCCAAAGUGCAGAUGAGUCAAUGGACCGUACGAUUCGCCCGAGCGACCUGGAGGAACUGCCCGGCUACAGCACAGACGUUGACUGGUGGUCGCUCGGAGCGACGCUGUACGAGAUGGCGGUCGGCCGGGCACCCUUCUGGUCGCCGUCCAUCGGAGGCACGUACGAGCGUAUCAUCCGCUGCGAUGUGCGGAUGCCCGACCACCUGUCGCCUCACAUCAAAAGCCUGCUCUCAGGUUCGAGCGAUGUACGCCUCGGGCACUCCGACGUGUCUGAGAUCCGCAAGCACCCAUUCUUCUUCGGCGUGGACUGGACUAAGAAGCCAACUCCCGCACCUCAGAUUGCCCCGCAGCCGAUCGACCUCGGGACGCUCGCCGAGUCCUUCAUGCACGAUUUUGACGACGACUUCUCCGACGUCACGUUCGACCACUUCUUCAACUCUUCACCUGGCAUCACGUCCUUCUCGAUGUCGAUGUCCGUUGCGGCACCUCCGGCAGUGUGGGAGCGCUGGGUGGGGUGGUCAUGGGACCCGCCUGCGGACUUCUUCGGGGAGGGCCCGCCCGUGCUCAUGUCCCCCACGACGCAGUUACCGAUCCGGCAGCACUCUGCGCCGCCGGCCAGUCUCUUCACGCCGCUCAAGGGUGGCCUGCACGCCACGCCCGGCACUGCGCCGCGAACUGCGCCGCGUUCGUGCCCACGCACGCGUCCCGUAUCGGAGAGGCAGGCGUAUGCGCAGCUCGUGCAGUGCGUACAGGCAAGUGCUAGGAAGAAGAUUGCCUCGUCGACCAUCAAAGUCAUCCCCAGUUCGGUUGAGACGGCGUCAUCGCAAGCCUCAGUGCCGUGGGGGAAGGAGCAGCCGCCGACGCCGACGCCUAUGUCACGCGACACGACCACGGGCCGGCGCAGCCGUACACCCAGUCUCAUGAGCCACUCGAGCCUGACGAGCCGGUCUCGGCACUCGCGCACCGCGUCCCGCUCCAGCCGGACUGACGAGACCUUCCUGUCCAGGCUGACCGAGACGACAGAGAAUGACCAGGAGAACGUUCCCUCGCGUCCCGUCAGCCGACUCAGCGGAAUCAGCGGCAUCAGUGGCGUCAGCGGGAUCAGCGCAGCCAGCACAGAAUCUACCAAGUCGGCGGGAUCCGCGAAGGGGUUGGCGCCGCCAAAGAGGGGCCCGACGAGGGAGCCCCUCAGCCCUCUCGCUGCGAAGGCGAAGCAGCCCCCGCCGCCGUAUAUCGCCCCGACUGAUCCGGGAGGCAGCGAUCGCUUAUCGUCGCUUGAGACGUGGCACCGCUCACUCGAAGAGAGCUUAACAAACCUCGAGCAACGCCUCGGGUACAUGCAGUCGCGGUACCCAAGCAAGUGA